AAAAAGCUCGAGGCGGUGCGCGCAGGCGUGCAGUUCACUCAGAUCCUGCUCGAGAACAGAGGACCGAUAACGGUCUCAGUAAAGUAUCAGAUAUUCUAAUUAAAUACGUCAUUUUUUCCACUGCUGUUUUCCCCUGUGAGGUUAUGGGUAAGGCGCCGUUGUGAGGGAGUAGUGCGACAUAUUGGUUUUAUUCACGGAAAUAAUGAUGAAGAAGGAUAUUAACUUGAACCUGGCGGACGACGCAAACCUUAAGCCGCAUCUCUGCGACGCCGAUAGCAUCCUCAGCUCCCCGGACCUGGGGCUGCUCAAACUGGCCUCCCCGGAGCUGGAGAGGCUGAUCAUCCAGUCCAACGGGAUGGUCACAACGACACCGACAAGCGCCCAGUUCCUCUACCCGAAGGCGGCGACGGACGAGCAGGAGUUCGCGGAGGGCUUCGUGAAGGCGUUGGAGGAUUUACACAAGCAGAAUCAGCUGAACGGAGCCGGGCAGACGAACGGCAGCCUGGAGCUGUGCGUCAAUAUCGCCCCGGUCUCAGUACAGCCGGAUCUACCGGUGUACACCAACUUGAACAGCUACGGCAGCGGGACACUGGAAACCACUGUCAACUACUCCACGGACACGGUCCCCUUCCCGCCGCCACCGUCGCAUCAUUUAGGGGCAGCCCCGCCGCAGCCGGAGCUGUCUCGGGUCCAGCCGCUGAAGGAGGAGCCUCAGACGGUCCCCGACGUGCAGAGCUUCGGGGAGAGCCCCCCGCUGUCUCCCAUCGACAUUGACUGCCACGACAGCGUGAAAGCCGAGAGAAAGAGGCUCAGGAACCGGAUCGCAGCUUCCAAGUGUCGGAUGCGCAAACUGGAGCGGAUCUCCAGGCUGGAGGACAAGGUCAAAUCGCUGAAAAGCCACAACACCGACCUGGCCUCGACGGCUGGCCUGCUAAGGGAUCAAGUGGCCCAGCUGAAACAGAAAGUCCUCACCCACGUGAACAGCGGCUGUCAGGUGCUGCCACACGAGGUUCAAGUGCACUAGUCGGAGAAGCAGACCUGAAGUUGGGGCUGCUGACCAGCAUAUAAGCUUCAUGGACUUUGUUGAUGUUGGGCUUUUCUGUAUUUAGCGUAGCCCAGAUGUGCGCUGUUCCCAGUGGAGUGGAUUAAUGCCAGGCCACGUAGGCCUAAUUGUACAUUAAUUGAGCGAGUGUUCAAAUGAUUUUGAGCAUCGGCAAAAGACAAAAAUACCUGGAAGAGCAAAAUUGAAGACAAUGGAGUGAUGAGACUAUGAUCGACCAGACAUAUUAUUUAGACAUUUUAAUUUGUGAAGCAAUUUCCAGGAUCCACAUUGCUCCACAGGCGCCUCCAAUCAAAGUUAAUCAUGGAAUUUAAAAAAUAAUUGCUAAUUGAUUUAUUGCAUUUAUGACGAAAUGAAGAGCGUUUUCCUUUCACUAUGUCUGAUGAAAUCCUGUUCUACCUCGUCCACAUGUGUACUGGUGAACAAGGCAGCAUUGAACUGCAGUGUUGUGUUCAUGGGCUUUCCUGAUGAGAGAAAUGCUCAACUUUAUGGACGGAAAGCACGUAAUUCUAUUUAUUUCCAUGUAAAAAUGUUUACAGACUAGCUGUGUCUCAAACCUGGGCCAAACAUAUUUACAAUAUUUCUACAUGAAUAUUAAUAUAAUACCUAUUUAUGACACAGAUAUACUUAAUAUAUGAGGAGGUGACUGUAAGAAGACAUGCACAUACACUCACAUUUGAUAUGUAAAAGAUAGUCUACAUAGACCAUUUACCAUUUAUUUCUAUGGGGAACAAUUUGCAUGUUGUUUACAUACUCGAAUGUUGCCCACAGCUGGGUGUCAAAGGGUGCAAUUAUUCAGUGUUUAUAAUCUUUACGCUUUACAAACACAUGUAUUUAUCUUCUUUUUUUACUCUACUGUGUCCCUAUAUGUCAAUGUGUUCUUGUUUUAAUGUGAAUAAAACCUUUUAGUUGCACUGCCUAUUGCUGUCACCUCUAGCCUGCAGCUGUUUGGAUUUAUGCCACUGUGUUCUGAAGUAAAUGCUGCUUGGCAAUAAACACCGUGUCCUACAUGUUGGUGAACUCUGCAUGCAUGUUGGUAAAAUCAUAAGUCUAAGUCAGUAUGUGCAACAUACUGACUUAGUUGGUGGUGGAUAGCUGUAAAGGCCUUCAGGUUCAAGGCUGUCAAAUACAGACAUCCUGUAACCAUUCAUUUUAAGAUUAUGUUGAGUUUCAUAAAGGUAUUCAACUAA